GUACAGUGCGACUUAUGCGCCCGGACCCUUGAUCGCGGCCGACGAAGGCCAGUAUGUGUCUCAUGCAUCCGGGCCACACUUUAUGAGCCUCGACUUCAGCAGGCGCUUGAACUGCUUCAUCGACAGGACGCUCACACCCGAGCGGAAGCAAUCGUUCGACCCGGAAACGAUGGUGUACUUGCGGCCUUACCGCCGGAUGCGGACUUUGACGCCAUUACCACUGGCAUUCACAAAUUUAACAAUCAACUUGUACGCGAUGAACAGACCACUACCUCGGUCAGGACAUCCCAGAUUGUUGAAAAGGCGAGAGAGUUGGAGGAACAGAUGAAAGGCCACCGCCAAUAUAUUUUGUCGUGCAAGCAAAAGUUGCAAGAUCGGAGGAAAACCUUGGCUUUUCAGAAGCAGGAAUUUGUUCGUGACCAAUCCACAAUCCUCGAGCCUAUUCAGGCUGCAUCAAAGAAAGCUGGCCAUAGGCUCGACAGAACGCGGGACAAGCUGAUAGACGCACGGCUGGUGCUGUGUCGGGAGGCCGCAUCGGCGUGCAAUUUUAGACGGCAGAAACAAGUAGAUGGAAGUUCGGAAUAUGUGCUUGGAGGACUGAGUAUCCCCAACCUCAAGGACCUCCACUCCAAAACCCAACCAGUAUCCAAGCAAGAUCGUCAUGGUGGCCGUACAGUCGUGGAUCCGCAUGAAUCGGUCUCGGAAGUUUUUGACAGCGUCGCCCGCCUUGUCAGUAUAUGUGCGCACUACCUACAAGUCCGUCCGCCGGCUGAAAUUAUUCUUCCUCACGAAAAUUUCCCGCGUGCUUUGGUGAUGCCCGAACGGUCGUCCUACAAAAUGCGAGACGUGCCAUAUCCAGGCCUGUCAACUUCAACGAGCCAAAACUCCAGCCCAUCAGCUUCGCGAACCCUGGAAAAAGAUAACCAGCCACGACCGCGUCCACUGCAUUUGGACCGGCCGCUUGCGCAACUCAUGAAGGAAGACCUGAAGUCGUACGGACUUUUUGUCGAAGGCGUUGCACUACUGGCAUGGGAUGUAGCUUGGUUGUGUAGGACUCAAGGAUUGGAUAGUGUGGAUUCGUUCGAAGACUUCUGCUCGAUUGGCAGGAAUUUAUGGCACCUCUUGACGAUGCAGCACCGAAAGCAACCCAAACCUCCGUCGGAUCGAAGACUUACCGCCGUCAGUGGCAAAGACGAAACUCCUCGAACCAUUGAUCCUACACCUCGUCUCGGACUCUACUCGCACGCAUCCGUUCGCUUCAAUCUAUCGUCCGCAGAAGGCUCUGACAUCUUACGAGAUUGGCGGCUCUCCAAUCCCGCACGUCUCAUCGACAAGCUCAAGUCCAUAAUGUUGUCUGAAAUCUCGGGCGCAGAGUGGGAUCUCCUCGAGGAGGCGGAAUGG